AUGACUGACAUAAGGGGAGAAGAAUCAAAGGCGACUGAAAAAUCAUGUUCUCAAGAAAAAGCUAAAAGUCCGAGUAAAUUUGAGACAGAGAAACUGGUGGUUAAUGAAAAGGAGAAAAAGAAGCAGGCUUUCAUAACGAGGUCUAUAUGGUCCCUCGUUAUGAUCUUCGGAUUUCUUAUAUUAAUUGCAUCAGGACAUUUAGCAUUGAUUGGAAUAGUGUACUUGUUUCAGGUAUUGACAUUCAAAGAGAUAAUUGGUUUGACAUCUGAGCCUGCGAGAGAUAAAAACAUACCUUACAGCAGGUCAUUGAAUUGGUAUUUUCUAUUCGUUACGUUGUAUUAUUUAGAUGGUGAGAGUUAUUUUGAUUUUUUUCAAGAACAGGUAUACGCUAGCAGAUUUUUGACUACAUUAGUAUUGAAUCAUAAAUUUAUCAGCUAUAGUCUAUUUAUUACUGGCCUAAUCUUUUUUGUCUUUAGUUUGACCAAAGGUUACUACAAGUUUCAAUUUGCUCAAUUAUGUAUCACACACAUGACACUUCUUUUAGUUGUUGUUCAAUCGCACUUGAUCGCGGACAAUAUUUUGAAUGGAAUUAUCUGGUUUUUGUUGCCUUGUUCGUUGGUUAUUGUUAACGAUGUUUUUGCUUAUUUAUGCGGAAUCACAUUUGGGAGAACCCAAUUACUUGAAAUAUCACCUAAAAAGACUGUUGAGGGUUUCGUUGGGGCUUGGAUUUGUACCGGCAUUGCAGCUGUUUUUUUUACGUAUUUUUUGACUCGUUCAGAUUACAUGAUUUGUCCGGCAGAAAAUAUAACGUCAAACAUUUUUAAUUUCCCUGAAUGUGAGCCUAAUCCCGUUUUCAUUCCACAAUUUUAUCAAUUGCCAAAAGUUGUGAGCAAAUACUUACAUGUUGAUAUGAUAACGUUUAAGCCAAUUCAUUUUCAUUCUGCAAUGUUAGCCACUUUUGCUUCCUUGAUCGCCCCUUUUGGUGGCUUUUUUGCAAGCGGUUUAAAGAGAGCAUUUGGUAUUAAAGAUUUUGGAGAUACUAUACCAGGACAUGGCGGAAUCACCGAUAGAAUGGAUUGUCAAUUUUUAAUGGGUUCGUUUAGUUACUUGUAUUAUCAGACCUUUAUUUCUGUUGCGAACAUAAAUGUGGGAAAGAUCUUGCAAACUGCUAUUCUAAACCUUUCUGUAGCUCAGCUUUUACAAUUGAUCAAGAGUCUAUUGAGAUAUCUCCAUAGCAUCGGCGUCAUUGAUGACGAAAAAUUGAGAAGCCUUUUCGGUCUUUUAGAAAUAUGA